AGGCAGCUAAACUCUUCCGUAAUAAUGAACAGGGUGACUAAAUCCUGAAUUCUCCAGAGAUGGGACAUCCAUCUCCAGAAACGGCCUGCCAUAGCAGCCCUACAAGUUUAUCGGAAAUGAGCCAACUGACUGGAAAAGGGAGAGGAGGGCGCUUUCUGGAAAAGCAGACUUUCCCCCGUUGACCUGGAGGAGUCAAGUGUCCACCGGCAAUGACGUACGUGCAUCUGGUUUGCUUGGCCACAGCGGAAAGGCGGAUGAGUACUGAUCCACCCUCUGCAGAAGCACGGCUACCUCCACAGGCUGUGAGGGAGGGCUAAACGGACUGGGCUGCGUGCACAAUCCUCAGCUACCCAGCGGAAAAGGCCAAGGACGCCACAGCCCGCUGUCAUUUGCUGCCACUAAAAGGGGGCCGCUCACAGACCUAAGCGGCCGCUGCGCCGCCGUGCACGGAGGCCACGCCCCCCGGCGGCCGAGGGCAAUGGGCGUGGCCGGGGCGGUGCCUGACACGUGAUGGCGGCGGUCGCAGCAAGUAGCGCCAAGCGGACCCUGCGGGCCGAGCUGAAGCAGCGUCUGCGGGACUUAAGCGCCGAGGAACGACUGCGCCAGUCUCACCUCCUCACGCAGAAGGUGAUUGCUCACAGUCGGUAUCAAAAUUCCAAAAGAAUUUCCAUCUUUUUGAGCAUGCAAGAUGAAAUUGAGACGGAAGAGAUCAUCAAGGACAUUUUCAAACAAGGCAAAAUCUGCUUCAUCCCUCGGUACCAGUUCCAGAGCAAUCACAUGGACAUGGUGAGAUUAACAUCACCUGAAGAGAUCUCUUUACUUCCCAAAACAUCCUGGAAUAUUCAUCAGCCCGCUGAGGGAGAUGUUCGGGAGGAGGCCUUGUCCACUGGUGGACUUGACCUCAUCUUCUUGCCAGGCCUUGGGUUUGACAAAGAUGGCAACCGGCUAGGGCGGGGCAAGGGCUACUAUGACACCUACUUGAAGCGCUGUAUGCAGCAUCAGGAAGUGAAGCCCUACACCUUGGCUUUGGCUUUCAAAGAGCAGAUCUGUCUCCAGGUCCCAGUGGAUGAACACGACAUGAAAGUAGAUGAAGUCCUUUAUGAAGACUCCCCGGCAUCUUAAGUCACAUGAGGACAGCCACCCUCACAGUUGUGUACCAAUGUGAAGAAAAUCUGUGUAUUUUCCUCUUGUCAAAAAUGAGUCAACAUGGCACAUUAAAGUGAAUAUGUAUUGUG